AUGGCACCUCCAAAGUUCAUGGGCCUCUCGGGCCGGCCACUUUCUCUGGCCGUCUCAAUCGUGGCAACCACGGGCUUCCUCCUCUUCGGAUAUGACCAGGGGGUCAUGGCCGGUCUCAUCACCGCCCCCGCGUUCAACAAUGUCUUCGAAGCUACGAGAGACAAUUCCACGAUGCAAGGGACGGUAACAGCAAUCUACGAGAUAGGCUGCUUGAUGGGCGCCAUGUUCAUUCUCGGCGUCGGCGAUUUACUGGGCAGACGCAAAGCAAUCAUCUUGGGCGGCGUCAUCAUGGUAGUGGGAGUCACCAUCCAGAUCACAGCCAUGGCGGGAGCAACACCCCUUGCGCAGUUCAUCGUGGGCAGGGUGGUCAUGGGAGUCGGCAACGGUAUAAACACGUCGACCAUCCCCACAUACCAAGCCGAAUGCAGCAGGACCUCCAACCGUGGACUGCUUAUCUGCAUCGAGGGCGGCGUUAUUGCGUUUGGCACGCUGAUUGCUUAUUGGAUCGACUACGGCGCCUCGUACGGUAGCGAUGAUCUGACCUGGCGCUUCCCUAUCGCCUUCCAGAUAUUAUUUGCUCUGAUCAUCUGCAUGCCCAUGAUAUUCCUCCCCGAGUCGCCCAGAUGGCUGCUCAGCCACGGCCGCGUGGAAGACGCCGACAAGGUCAUCUCUGCCCUGCGAGGGUAUGAGAUCGAGAGCGAAGAAACUGUGCUGGAGCGAUCCCUCAUCAUCGACUCACUUCGCGCCUCUGGCGGCUACGGCCAGAAGAGUACCCCGAUGAAGACCCUAUUCACGGGCGGCAGGACGCAGCACUUCCGGCGCAUGCUCUUGGGCGCAAGCUCCCAGCUGAUGCAGCAGAUCGGCGGCUGCAAUGCUGUCAUCUACUACUUCCCUAUCUUGUUUCAGACUUCGAUUGGAGAAACGCACAGCAUGAGUUUGUUACUGGGGGGCAUUAACAUGAUUGUCUACUCGAUCUUUGCUACUUUCAGCUGGUUCGUCAUUGAACGGGUCGGACGUCGUCGCCUGUUCCUAUACGGCACAGUCGGGCAGAUGUUGAGCAUGGUGCUCGUGUUUGCGUGCCUUAUCCCGAACGACCAAAUGACGGCCCGUGGAGCCGCCGUCGGUCUCUUUACCUACAUCGCCUUCUUUGGCGCGACAUGGCUACCGCUGCCUUGGCUGUACCCGGCAGAGGUCAACCCCGUCAAGACGCGUGGAAAGGCAAACGCCGUCAGCACCUGCACCAACUGGCUCUUCAAUUUCCUCAUUGUCAUGGUGACACCCAUCAUGAUUGCCGAGAUCGGCUGGGGCACUUACCUGUUCUUCGCCGUGGUCAACGCGUGCUUCAUCCCCAUCAUCUACUUCUUCUACCCCGAAACGGCGCGCAGGUCGCUCGAAGAGAUCGACAUCAUCUUCGCCAAAGGUCACGCAGAAAACAUAUCCUACGUCAAGGCCGCCGAGGACCUGCCGCACCUCCAGCCCGCAGAGAUCGAGGCCUACGCCCUGCGGUACGGUCUCAUUGAAGAGUCCUCCCUGACUGCCGCUGGGCGGAGGGCGCGCGACGAGGAAGAGAAGGCCGCGCGAGACGGAAAUGUGACUGGCAGCGAGGGUUCCAUUGCCAAGGAGCGCGGUGUCGAAUCUGAGUUUGGGAGCGGCCUGAGCACGCCCAAUCGCGCGCAUCACAUCUGA